AUGCGGGAUAUAUCCACGCACAUCCCGGGGGCUAAUAAUAUACGAAGUGAGGGUGAUAUCCAAUUUGCCGUUGACGACAUCCAUAACAGCAUCGAUGUCAAUGUUUUGGGCACUUUCCGGGCAAUCACAACAUUCCUGCCUCUGAUGAAGCGAGGGGAACUCAAGAAGGUCAUCUCGAUAUCUAGUGGGAUGGGGGAUAUCGAUUUCAUCAAUGAGAUUCAACUGCCCAUUGCGGCUCCGUACGCGGUCAGCAAAGCAGCACUCACAACCUUGACAGCCAUGUUCGCCGCGGCAUACGCAGAUCAGGGUAUUCUCUUUGCAUCGAUCUGCCCAGGCCGAGUCGAUACAGCAGAGCCUGGCGCUACUGUGUCCAGCGAUGACCUUGCUCAGCUCGCCAAGUAUGGGCCCAAGUUCGAGCUCUACUCGCCUGGCUUUCAACCAAUGUCGCCCGGGGAUGCCGCGAAGAGUGUCCUCGCUGCUAUUGAGCGGUCAUCUCUCGCUGGCGGGUACAGUGGUUCGUUUCUGAGCCACAAUGGAACCAAGCGGUGGAUGUAG